UGCUAAAGCGAGGCUCGUGUGUAUUGGCGCGUGUUCUCGAAGUUUGCGCUAAAAUGGCCGCAAUAACAAGAAAAAGGUCUGCAUUUAGUGUGUUUAAAGGAGCAAACCAGGGUAAAGAAAAUAGUUUGGAAUGUUUUAGCACUCCAAACCUGAUAGCUGGCAUUGCGGAGUAUGAGGAACAUAGGAUGGCUGUCAAAUCACAGAAGCGCGCAAGGAGAGGGUCUUUGCCAAACUCGAUGGAAGAGCAGCAACCAUCCAAUGAAAAGGAAGCCUCGGUAAAAACACCACCAACAAAUCAGAGUAAAAAAGCCAAAAGAUCUCAAACCUGUAAAAGUGAGCCAAGACUACAGUCUCUGAGAAAAUCUCUAAGGAGAAAGAGGAGAGAUCAACCAAAACUAAAUGAAAAUAUUCAAAAUGCUUCAAAUGAUGCAGAACAAGAUAAGACAGAGAUCAUCCCACCCAAGGAUUUCAAGAAACCUGUUGCGAGAGUCAACUCAAGUUCUUCUUCUAGUAGCCUGGCAACUAGCAGAAUCUCUCUUUGUCAUGUCCAGGUGACUUCAGAAGAUAAUCUUGAAGCAGAGAAUCAAGAAAUAUUGCACGAGUCUUUUACACCAGAUGAGGCUAUGACAUGGCUUAUAAAGCCAAUUGACAAAAGCAAGUUUUUCAGAGAUGUGUGGGAAAAGAAGCCAUUGUUGCUUAAAAGAAGGCAGCCAACAUACAAUGAUGGAUGGUUCAGUACAAAGGAGUUUGAUCACAUUUUAAGAGAGAAAGAAGUAAAAUAUGGUGUCAAUCUUGAUAUAACAAAGUACACAAAUGGAAGAAGAGAAACUUUGAACCCUGAAGGAAGAGCUCAUCCACCAACUGUAUGGGAUUUUUAUGAGAAAGGGUGUUCAAUACGAAUGUUGAAUCCGCAAGCAUUUUCAAAGUCAGUGUGGAGGUUGACUUCGAUAUUGCAAAGCUAUUUUGGUGCAUUUGUUGGAGCCAACAUGUAUUUGACGCCACCAGGUAGCCAGGGCUUUGCGCCACAUUUUGAUGACAUUGAAGCUUUUGUUAUCCAGCUGGAAGGUAAAAAACAAUGGCGACUUUAUUCACCAAGAAAUGUUGCUGAGGUGCUGCCGAGGUAUUCCAGUGAAAAUUUGUCAGAGGAAUCUGUAGGAGAACCCAUAUUGGAUAAAACACUUGAGCCAGGAGAUUGCCUGUAUUUUCCACGUGGUUAUAUCCAUCAAGCAACAACUCUCGAAGACACACAUUCACUGCAUAUAACACUAUCAGUCUACCAGCAGAACACGUGGGGUGAUUUCCUAGAGAAACUUCUGCCCCGAGCCCUUCAAGUCGCCAUGGAGGAGGAUACCGAGUUUCGCAAGGGCUUACCGAUUGGUUAUUUGGACCAUGUUGGUGUGUGUAAUUCUGAAAAGAUAUCGUUUGAGCGCAGUGAAUUUCUCAAAAGAGUCCAGCAGUUGGUGAUGAAGCUCUCAACAUUUGCGCCGAUUGACGUAACCGCAGAUGAGAUGGCUGUUGAUUCGCUUCAAGAUAAACUACCUCCUGUUCUUACGAAAGAUGAGUUAAUGUGCAGCAUCCAUGGCAGUGGUGCAUUCUGGGAUAACAACCAUGUUCGUGGAGUGUCACUCCUUCACCCAGACAGCGAAUUUCGUUUAAUACGACCAGACAUUGCUAGGCUAGUUGGCGACGAAGAUGGAGGAAUAAUUCAUCACUCGAUGGAAAACUCAAGGAGUUAUCAUGAAUUCCCAGCCCAAACAAUCAAAAUAUCAAAACAGGAACUUGAUGCCGCCGAGUACAUCAUUAACAGCUAUCCGACUUAUAUUAAAGUCGAGGAUGUACCUUUGAGAAAGUCCAAGGAAAAGCUCCAGUUUGUCAAGCGACUUUAUGACAGUGGAAUUCUCAGGACAAAGACACCUUUGGUACAGGAUUCAGUUGUCUGAAUCUAUUUAUGUUCGACAUUUCAACUAGCGGUUUUUUGAACGCAUUUGGCCAUGAUAGAGUGCAAAAAUAAAGUAUUAUAGACGGGAAAAGAUCGCAAAUAUUGCUGUUCUCUGCAGAUGUUUUGUAUGGUUCUCCAAAUGCAUAUUGGGGUAUGCAAAUGUAAAAAAGGGAUAUGUUUUCAGGAGAGAAAUAGAAUUUUGUGAAAAAUUCAGAGACAGGCAUAAAUUAAAACAUACAAGCUAGAGAAAUGAGCUCUUUCCGCUUUUAGCUUCCCGGGUACCUUUCAACAAGCUGCAACUUUUUCUACAUACAGAAAGUAUAGUGAUCAGAUAAUAAAGAUGAUAUAAGAAUAAUUAAAUUCAUUAAGAUGUCAGCCAGUUUUAUUCCUUUUGUAAAUUGCUCUGUUUUGUAUUUGAUAUGGUAACAAUUGAAAUCCUAAAUUAUUGCUGACUUCAUCCAUUUGAAGAUUUGAUUUAACAAGUAUUUCUUAAGCUCUUA